ACUAUGCUACUCCAGAUUAAUGUUGACCUUUCCUGAAACUGUUGGACAACAAUAAAUUAAUGGAGCAAAACAUGAUAUAUUCAUGUAACCUGAUAGCUUGUGCUUGAUUUGAGCAGCGUUUUAAUGUUUUUUGGAGAAAUUUUUUUAGAAUGGCAUUUUAAUUAUGAAUAAUGGUUACAGUGAUAAUCAUGUGAUGUUUGCACACAUGUUUUGCCUUGCUGUCAUCAGUUGCCAAGAAGGAUAGGCUGAGCUUACUAUGAAAAUACCAAUAUUUGUUAUUGUAGCUUUUAGUAUAGCUAUAACUCUGAGUGGGAACUUGGCAGUUGAUGGAAGUGGCCCUAUCACUUGGAAAGAUUGCUCAAAUAAUGUCAGUGUCAUGAAGAUUAAAAACAUUACCUUUGAUCCACCUGGUGACGUCUACCCUGGACAAGGGUUUUCCCUUAAAGCCACCUUUAAACUAAAGAAGGAAAUCACUGAGGGGAAGGUGAACGUAGAUGUACAGUAUGGUGUUUUACAUUAUGCUACUGGUGUGUAUGACUUGUGUGAUAAAUUCAAAGAAGCAGGUUUGACAUGUCCGGUAUCAAAAGGUUUGAAGAAUGGUGUCUUUCAAGGAAGAGUACCAUUUCCAAAUGGAUAUUUCAAGUUUACUAUUAAUGCUACAACAUCUGCUGGUGACAAAAUUUCAUGCUUUACUUUUGAACUUAAUGACAAUAUAUGAAAAAAUUUUGUGAUUUAAUGAAUAUUGUCUAUCAUGUGAUAAAAUUUGUAUUAUCAGCAACAGUGGCUAUAAUAACAAUAUGAGGCCUUGGAUUCUGGUACUUUACUGUCCAGUAUUAAUUAUUGUGAUACUGACUGAUUGUGUGGCUCUUGGAAGUGGACCUAUCACUUGGAAAGACUGCACAAAUGAUACCAGUGUAAUGAAGAUUGAGGACAUUACUUUUAAUCCACCUGGUGAUGUGGGCCCUGGUGAAGGGUUUUCUCUUAAAGCUUCUUUCUGGCUAAAUGAAGAAAUCUCUGAUGGAAAAGUAAACGUAGACAUACAGUAUGGUGUAUUGCACUCGUUUUCUGCCUCUUAUGAUGUGUGUGACAAAUUCAAAGAAGCAGGUUUAACAUGUCCAGUAUCAAGAGGUAUGAAUAGUGGUGUCUUUCAAGGAAGAGUACCAUUUCCACAUGGAUAUUUCAAGUUUACUAUUAAUGCUACAACUUCUGCUGGAAAAGAAAUUUCAUGCUUUACUUUUGAACUUAAUGACAAUAUCUGAUAGAUAUCUUUAUACCCUAGCUGCCCCCAUUGUAACCUCAUAGGCUCUAUAUAUUAACUAAAAACAUGAUUUUAUCAAUGAAUAAUACAUAUUAUAAGGUGUGUCAUCACCCUAAGUAUAUAGAUAUGUUAAAUCCCACUCCAAAUCUCAGUUUUAUUGUCUUUUUCCUUCCAUUAUUCUUUGCAUGUUCAUAUGCCAGUUGGACACAGCAAUAUGGUGACUCGUCUUCCACUAACUACAUAAGCUCCAGCAACCACACUAUUGCCUGGAACUACACUGCACUUGGUGAUGAAGACUCUGCAUCCUUCUUUUAUGGCUCACCUUCCAUGUCAGAGGAUGGCGUGGUCUUUAUCCCAUUUCUAGAAAUACCGCAAUACUGGUUACAGGUAAGGGCCAUUGCCCCGGGCGGUAAGGAGAUAUGGAUGGCUAACUGGAUAGGAGAGGAUGAAUCAUGCAGCGUUGUUGAUCUCUCAAACACUCUCUACAGCUCAGAACACAAACUGGUCAUUGUCUCAUGGCACUGUACUGCUGGAGGGGCUUAUCAUGAAAAGGCUGGGGAGGUUGUUGCAUUGAAUGCUACCAAUGGAUCACUGGUGUGGCGCUCGCAAAAACUAAAGCUUCUCGACUCGGCAUCAAUUUCAAUGAGUAAAAAGAUGGUCUAUGUCGUAAGUGGGUAUGAUUGCGGGAGAGAUAAUCCAGUUCAAUCGCUAGAUGAUCAGCAAGCAAAACAAAGGCCUCAUAAAAAUGAUAGCAUAAUUGCUGCUAUUGAUAUUUCAACAGGAAAGCUCAAAUGGACACAAUCCCUUGAGCAUAGUGGCUGCGAUGGCCAAUUGAAAAUUUCUUAUUUGCCGAAUGAUUCAGUUUUGCUACUCAUUCCUUACAAUCUUCCAUACGGUCCAUACCUAGCUGGUAGUUUACUAGGAGUCAGUUGUCUUGAAGAUGAAGGGUCAGUCAACUGCUCAUCAAUUUGGCAAGAAAAUCUUCGCUUGUCAUACGAAGCCAAAUUUGCUUUCACGGUCAAUGGGAGCUUUGCCUAUGGUAGCUAUGGGUUCGCUGGUAAUCCUGACUUGAUAUUUGGGUUGAAUACGAAGACUGGGAAAUUGGAGUUUAGCAAUCAUGGCUAUUGUGAUGAAGGAGCAUAUCCCAGCGGACCAUCAGUUGAUGCAUCUGGUAUUGCUUAUUACAACUGUGGAAAUCGUGUCUUUUCAGUCAAUACAAAGGGCAAGUUAAUCUGGAAAAGUAAACAACUUAGUGAGAAGGGGUACACUUUUGAAACUCUCUUCAAGCAAAGCCCUUCUCUCCAUAUCGAUGAGAACUUGGUUGUAUCUUCAGACUCUGAUGGAGAGUUCAUCUAUAUAUUGUCAAUGAAAGAUGGUAGCUUGAAGAGCUCCUUUAAUACUACUCUCUUGCUUAGUAACAGUGUCAUUACAGAGCCUCCAAUACUUUAUGGUGACAACGUUUGCAUUAUCAAAGCUACAAAAUAUGUUGACUAUUUUCUUUUUAGCUUACCUUUAAUUUCUGAAGAUUGAAAAAUAAAAUAGUUUGCUGCCCAGUAAUUUUUAUAUCUGAUUGCUACGGUUAUAUUGUGAAUCUAUCUAUUUGAAAAUUAAUUUAUGCCGAUACGGCUCAAAAUUGAUAUGC